GCCAGAACACAAGAUAUGGCUGAAAACAGUAUUCAACACUAUCAAAUACCUGGUUGCUGAUGGUCUUAGCUUUCGCGGACACGACGAAAACUCGAAGUUAGAAGAGGACCUGGCAGGAGGGCUCUAUUUAAAUACAUUAUCUGAUCUUAUUUUUGCUCAAGAUCCUCAUUUGCAACAAAUAGCAAAGAAUCUUCCAACCAAUGCAAAAUAUACCUCACCAGAAAUACAAAAUGAGGUAAUAGAAACCCUAGCAGGGAUUGUGAGAGAGACAGUGGCCAACGAGUGCAAAGAAGCGGAGUUAUUCACCCUAAUAAUGGAUGGAACUACUGAUAGCAGUCAGAG